UACCAGAACCCAUUCUCUCCAUAGCUACAAGCUUCAUAAACCCAAAGUUCCAACCUUUUUGCUUCAACAAUGGAUAGAGAGGCGUGGUUGGAAAGUGACGGCGACGUUCGCCUCCAGAUAUCGGAGCUGAGCACGAGGAUCACGGCGGCGACGGGAGGCGAUCCCACCAUGUUUGCGCCGCAAAGCAGCGAAAUGACGACGAAGAACAGCAGCACGGAGAAUUCCGUUUCCGCGAAAGCGGCGGCGGCGGUUAGGGCGCCGGAGAAGAAGCUGACGCUUUUCGCUCUGCGGCUGGCGGUGCUGGAGAAAGCGGCGACGGGGCUCGGAACCCUGAGCUUCAUAUGGGCCACGGUGGUUCUUCUCGGCGGGUUCGCCAUCGCUUUGGACAGAACAGAUUUCUGGUUCAUCACCGUCAUUCUCCUGAUCGAAGGCGGCCGGAUUUUCAGCCGGAGUCGUGAGCUCGAAUGGCAGCAUCAGGCCACAUGGUCUCUUACAGACGUUGGGAUCCAUAGCUUUCGCGCCAUAAAAUCCAGCUCCCACUUUAUUGCCAGAACUGUGAAGGUCAUUUGCAGGCCUAUUUCUGCAGUCAAAAAGGCCAGUCAGCACGGCGGUGGGGAGAUUAUUAGUGGUGAUUCAGAGCCGCCGCCGCCGCAGCGGCGGCGACACUGGCAUCAUAAGAAGACACUGCCCACCAGAACAUGGACAAGUUCAGAAGUUCCCUUGGUUCCAUACGGUAAAUGGAUAUUUACCCCAAGAAACAUGGGCAAGAUUCUCCACUGGCUCCAGAUUGCAUCUGCCACAGCAUGUUUAGUUCUCUCCCUGAUGAAACUGAUCAGACAGGACUAUGGAGCAGUGGGGGAAGAAGACACAGACAAGAGAAACCGAAAACCGGCUCUCAACAUCUUCUACUCCCUGGCACUAGCAGAAGCCUUGCUGUUCCUGUUAGAGAAAGCUUACUGGGAAUGGAAAGUGUUCUUCAGGAAUCUCCUGGAGGAGGUGAACAAAGAGUGUGAAUUGGGGCCUGCAGGGAUGGUUUCAGUGAAGAGAUUCUUCUAUGAUGCGUAUUCAAAGUGUGUGUAUGGGAGCAUCUUUGAUGGCCUAAAAAUGGACAUGGUUUCAUUUGCCAUGGAGCUUCUGGCCUCAAACUCCCCAGAUGAGCAGCUCUCGGGGGCUCUAAUCCUCAGGAAAUUCGCGACGAGCCCUCGAUUCUCUGGUGACACUUUGCAGAAGAUUGGGACUAAUAUAGCAGUGAUGGAGAGGCUGGUGGAGAUGCUGAACUGGAAGAAUGAUGAAGAUGAAGAGAUCAGGGUUUCUGCAGCUGAGAUCCUGUCAAAGCUUGCUGGGAAAAAGCAGAAUGCUCUCAGGGUUGCAGGGAUUCCAGGAGCCAUGGAGUCCAUAUCUUCACUCCUGCAAAUCAGCAGGGAUUUUGGUGGUGCCUGCGAUGAAAUCAGUGAAAAAAGGAUCAUCUUUGACAGUGAGAGCUAUGGGUUUUGGACAUUCAACCAUUUGGGGCUGCAAAUUCUCAAGAAACUUGCCAGGGAUCAUGACAAUUGUGGCAAGAUUGGGAACACCAGAGGCCUUCUGCCAAAAAUCAUAGAUUUCACCCAGGCAGGAGAGAGACUUCUGAGAGACAAAGCCACAACCCCCACCCAGAUUCUCACCCUAAAGAGAUCCCUGCAGCUUGUGAAGAUGCUGGCAAGCACGACAGGCGCCACGGGGAAAGAACUGAGGAGAGAAAUCUCAGAAGUUGUGUUCUCCAUCAGCAAUAUCAGGGAUGUUUUGAGGUAUGGUGAAAACCACCCAACCCUGCAGUGUCUGGGGAUUGAUAUUCUCAAGAGCUUGGCACUGGAGGAGGAAGCAACUGAGAGGAUUGGAGGCACUGGGGGGGUUCUCAAGGAGCUUUUUGGCAUCUUUUUCAAGGAGGGAUUGCAGGAGAAUCAGAGGCAUAAUGUGAGAAGUGCAGCAGGAGAAGCACUGGGAAUGUUGGCUCUUGAGAGCAGGAACAAUUGCCACAGGAUCUUGAGGUUGAAGGUGACUGGGAAGCUUGUUGCAGCAUUGCAGGAUCCAGUUCUUGGGAUAAAUGCAGCAAGGAUUUUGAGGAACUUGUGUGUUUAUUGUGGGCCUGAUAGCUUUGAACAUCUUGGGAGUUUGACUGCUGCUGGACCAACUAUCCUAAAAGCAAUCAUGUCAGAGCAGAAUAAAAUGCAGGAGGUGAUGCUAGGACUAGCAGCACAUGUUUUCAGGUUUGUGACACCUGAGGAAUCAAGCAUCAUGUUUGAAAGAUCCAAGGUUGAAGAAUCUGAGCUAGCUGAGAAGCUAGUUCAGAUUCUUGGGCGGCACCAAUACCCAUCAAUCAAGGUUCCAAGGAUCAGGAGGUUUGCCAUAGAGCUAGCAAUCUGGAUGAUGAGAGACAAGAGAAGAAACACUGAGGUUUUCAGGAACCUGGGAAUGGAACAUCAACUGGAAUGCAUCACAGAGACCACAUCAGAGCUUGAGAGCUUCAAUGUUUUCUCCGGCACAGUGGGCAUCAAUCGACACGGGGAAACGAUCCACUCACUGGUUGAAACUGCACUCAAGUUGCUCAAAGAUAAUGGCCAGUCUUGACAGCAAAGAUUUGCAGA